UUUAGAUCCAACUCCGACCAAUCACAGGCGCCUCACGUCAAAACACUUCCGGUUUGCUCUCCAACUUGUCUUUCCACCGGAGCGGCUGGUGUGAGCGCAUAUCAGAGGAGUGAACACCACGUAGACUUUGGGCUUUAAACGACAUAAAGAUGCCCCCCAAAAAGACAGAAGCCCCGAAGCAGCCUCCAUUGAUUGGACGAUUUGGGACCUCUCUGAAAAUUGGAAUUGUGGGAUUACCUAAUGUCGGGAAAUCCACCUUUUUCAAUGUGCUGACCAAAAGUCAGGCUGCUGCAGAGAACUUCCCCUUCUGCACGAUCGACCCAAAUGAGAGCAGGGUCCCGGUCCCAGAUGAGCGCUUUGAUUACCUCUGCCAAUACCACAAACCAGCCAGUAAGGUUCCAGCCUUUCUAAACGUGGUGGACAUUGCUGGUCUGGUGAAAGGAGCUCACUCGGGACAGGGACUUGGAAAUGCCUUCCUCUCCCACAUCAGUGCCUGCGAUGGUAUCUUCCACAUGACUCGUGCAUUUGAUGACGAGGAUAUCAUCCACGUGGAGGGUAACGUUGACCCUGUGAGGGACAUUGAGAUCAUCCACGAGGAGCUGCGACUAAAGGACGAGGAAAUGCUCGCUCCAAUCCUUGACAAACUGGAGAAAACCGCCGUCAGAGGAGGCGACAAAAAACUCAAGCCCGAAUACGACAUCAUGUUGAAAGUCAAGAACUGGAUCAUGGAUGAGAAGAAACAUGUUCGAUUUUACAACGACUGGAACGAUAAAGAGAUUGAGGUGUUGAACAAAUACCUGUUCCUGACGUCCAAGCCCAUGAUCUAUCUGGUUAACCUCUCAGAGAAAGAUUACAUCAGAAAAAAGAACAAGUGGUUGGCAAAGAUCAAGGAGUGGGUAGACGCUCACGACCCCGGCGCUAUGGUGAUUCCCGUGAGUGGAUGUGUCGAAGCUAAAUUGUUUGACAUGGACGAGGAGGAGAGGGCUAAGUACUGCGAGGAAAACAAGACACAGAGUGUUCUGACCAAAAUAAUAAAGACCGGCUAUGCUGCACUGCAGCUGGAAUACUUCUUCACCGCUGGGCCAGAUGAGGUGCGAGCAUGGACCAUUAGGAAAGGUAGCAAGGCUCCUCAAGCUGCAGGAAAGAUCCACACUGACUUUGAGAAAGGCUUCAUCAUGGCAGAGGUGAUGAAGUACGCUGACUUCAAAGAGGAGGGCAGCGAAAAUGCAGUCAAGGCUGCUGGGAAAUACAGGCAACAGGGCAGAAACUACAUCGUGGAGGAUGGAGACAUUAUAUUUUUCAAAUUCAACACACCCAACGCACCUAAAAAGAAACCAUGAGACCAAACAGUCACCGAAAGGAAGAACUCACAAUACAGCUUAGCUUGGCCUCUAAAACAGCUUCACUGUCUGCUGGUUUUCAUGCUUCUCUCGUGAAUUCAGAGGAUCAAUUCAUGGCCUCACUGGUCUGGACCAGAAUCCGUUUGAAUGAUUCUAUAUAAUAAUGUUUCCAUACAACAAUAAACACACAUUCCUGUAAUAUUUUAAGCAAAGUGUAAUUUGCAUCACUCAACCAGUCAGAGACUUUUGAAAACCCUGUGUUCUUUCUUUCAUGGUUUCAAGGAAGAAAAAGUAUAAUUGAACUGAGAAUUAAUAAUAAAUUCAGAUUUUCUGAUAGAAACAUCAGAAGAAUUUCACCAUAACACCCCUCUCUUCAUUACAUGUUUUAUUUGAGGGUUUUAAUUUCCUGCCUGUGUGUUCAUAAAAGUUAUUUAAGGUUUGAAUGUGAUGAAACUGCAGUGGUUAGCUCUCUGUAAUGUCUGACUCAUCCUGUCUGAGUCGUGCAGAGAUUUGAGUUUGCUAGUUUUGAAUAUUACUUUUUUCACAUCAUAAUGUCCCACCUUAAUUAGUGCUUCAUUACCGGCAGGUGUGCUUAAUCUGUAAAGCAUCUCUUAACACAUAAACAGCGCUGCAAUGAGUGCGAGUGAUAAACAGCACGCGUUACGGGUUAAUCAGCAGUAAUUAAAUGAGUUCUUAUUUCCUCAGUUCUUUUAUGCCUUUUCUGUAAUUGCACUUCCUUAAUUUUUGGACACUGCUCAGAAUAAACACAUAAUACCCGAGAUUUAUUCACUAUUGCUCAAACAUGCAGUGUCUAAAAAUGCUUGAGUGGUGCUGUGUUCACAUGUAAGAGAAAUUAUGAAAGCCCUCACACUCUGUUAUGCUUCAGGCCAGGACUGUGCUGUAUUCUGAGGAGGAUAAUAUUAUUUUAAGAGCAAAGCAGGCCUCCCUGACGGUGCCUGAAUGUGGUCCACACUGCUUUUUAUUGACUUAGUUUGGGCUGGUAAACACAAAAAACAACAGACUUUUCACAUUAUGAACUAUGUUCUGUGGAUCAUCUGGGCUGUACAGUCUGCUUCACCUCUCCUUGCUGCCUCCAAGGUGUGGAUGUGUAUAUUUUCAGUACAAAACAGAUCCCCUCACUAAACCUCUUGCCAAAUUGUGGACUACAAUAAAAGAAAUCCUGUGAACCUAAGGGAGCAAAAAUACAAUAAAUGUCAUCUUCAUCAAUAUGCAUGUAUCAAUAAAAGAGACAAACAUGUU